UGAUUCACAUCAGGUCGACUUGACUGCGGAUCCGCCAACUUGACAAACAACGCCUACACCACACAUCGAGUGAUGCUAGAUUCGUUUCUUUCCAACACUCCAACUAGCCGCCCGCCUUACAACCCAAUGCAUAAUGACCUCUUCCCAUGCUAGACUCUCUCGACACCUUUUCAAUCAACAAUGCCCGAUCUUAUCCCCCGGAUUGGGCAGACAAUCGAAACUCAAGAUAAACGUGUAGGAAUUAUCCGCUACAUCGGUCCUCUCCAUAUUGCUGCCGGAGAAUGGCUCGGCCUGGAAUUGUCCGACAACACUGGCAAAAAUGAUGGAUCCGUUAAAGGCGAACGUUACUUCGACUGUUCGCCUGGCUAUGGCAUCUUUGUUCGCAAGGAGUCAGCCGUCAAGAUUGUCAAGCAACCCCAAACUCAGCCUACCAAACCCAAUGGAUCCACGGUUACCCCUUCACUAUCCAAGUCACGGCCUUCCAGCAUUGUCGCUCCAGAUGCUGCCAAAAAGAGGCAAAGUCUUAUGAGCGGCGGCUCUGGGACUACCGCCGGUUCGCGGCUAUCCUUGAAGUCCCCUACAAAGCCUCCCGCCAAACCCGCACCCCCGUCCGUUAGCUCUACCGCCUCCACUCCUCGUACCGGAACUCCCGCGACCACCGCAAGAACCUCCGACUCCAGUUCAAAGUCCAGAUCCAGUAUCGGCGGGAGAACGCUCAUGGGCCCGCCUUCUACAACGACAAAGUCGGCCACUGUGUCCUCAAACAGACAGUCUAUAGGCGGCCCAGUCAAGCAACCUAGCCAAAGGCCCACCUCAAUUCAGUCCCGACAAUCCCUAGUUGGAUCCCGAUUAUCGCUUUCUGCCAAAGGCUCGGGGCCAUCGUCGAAGCCGGAAGUUGCACACGACAGGAGGGAUGAGUUGCGAUCGCCUUCCAUUCAAGAAGAGGACUCUGAGGUUCAAGACACUCAGACAAGUGGAGAUGAUCAUUCAGAACCGAUAAUACCAAAGCAAGAUGAGCCACCGGUGUUCCCCUCUCGUUCGAGGCAGGACACCUUGACUCAAGAUAGUGGAAGUGGGGGACACGAAGACCGAGCACGGCAAGCCCAUGUCAUCAAACAGCUCGAGACAAAGAUUCGAUCACUGCAGAAACAGAGGCAAGAAGACGAGGCCAAACUCGGCGAAGUUGAGACUCUCCGCCACCAAAGUACAAGAUAUGAGGGCAUAAUCCAGGCAUUGCAGAAAAAGCUCAAGACUUACCAGCAAGAUCACUCAGAAUUACAAGCCAAGUACGAGGAUGCCGAAUCUCGCGCCCAAAGUGGUCCGGAUCGAAGUGCUGAGCAAGAUUCCGAGUUGGAGUUGGCUAAACUCGACAAGGAACUAGCUGAAGAACGGGCAGAGAUAAUCGAAGCCGAGCUGGAGGCCCUGAAACUCAAAUGCGAAGAACUAGAACUCGAGGCUGAAAUUCUGAAAGAGGAAAAUCUCGAAUUGAGUUCGGUCAUGACCCCAGAGGAAAGGGCUGGAUCAGGUAUUCUUCAUGUCGAGCGUGAGAACGAGAGGCUUCGACAAGCCCUUACGAUCCUCCGAGAUAUGUCACUUGAGCGCGAAGCUAAUAUCAAAGCCGAAAACAAAGAACUACAAGAGAGUUUGGACGAAAAGGCGCUAAUUGCGUCGAAGUAUGAAGAAACCGCGGCGAAGCUACAACGAUCCGAAGAAGCCCUUUCCCAUCUACGAGAGCAGUUGGAUGCUGUCGACUCGAACGAAGAGAUUGUCGAGUCCCUGGCUGCUGAAAGGGACCACAGCCGAGGAAUUAUUGAGAAUCUGAAGCGGCAGAUUCAGGACUACGAGGAGCAUCUCCAAGUCACUGAUGAACUCGAGGCGUUCCAUGUCGAGGAAGAGAAACGCCUUCACCAUCAGCUGAAUGACACAGAAUCGAUGUUGAAUGAACGACAGCGCCAGUUACAAGAACGUCAAAAGGCCAUUGAAGAUCUUGAAUACACCUUGGACAAGUUCAGAGAUGUUGUUCAGGUCAUGCAGGACGACAUUGCUGAACUGCGCCGAUCUCGAGAAAUCACUGAGCUCGAAGCCCACGAGAUGAGUAGCAAGUCAAGGGCGAUGAUGGACUUGAAUCUUCGAUUACAAAGUUCAGCUGCAAAGACACAGGUCAAAGUAAUUGACAUGGAGCUGGGCAAGAUGCAGGCAGAACAAUCCAAACUGCACUUGGAGAUUGUACAAUUCUUCGUCCCCGACACCUUCGAGACGGACAAGCAGCCAAUAAUUGGACUGUUGUCCUUCAAGAGGAUCCGUGCGAAGGCGUUAUUGUCGAAGACCAUUCUGUCGGAGAAGGUCCGAGACAGUCCAGACUUUGCCUUGGACGAGUCGGCGAUGAUUUUUGCGGUUACGGAGAGGCUGAAUCACAUUGCUAACCUGUGCGACAAAUUUGUUCAAUACAUGUCGGGCUGUUCUACUGAAAGUUUUAUGAAGUUUGGUGGUGCGCCAUUCGAACUACAACCAGUUGAACAGGCAGUGACGGCUUGGGUAGAAGCACUGCGUCGGGACGAGCUUGGUCAUGGUGGCCCAGAGGACAUCCAACGUAUGGCAGGUAUCCUGGAAGACAUGUCGGAGAAGUUGAUGACACAGAACCAAGAAACAAAGGCUGCCGAGCUGCUGGCAUCGACAUCCAUGAUCGAGAUGUAUGCGGACAAUUUCGCAAGUCAAGUCCAUCUCUUAUUGAAAGCUACAGAGAGCAAAUUGGGUCCACCUACAGAGACCGACGAGGAAUCCGUCACAUUUGGAAAGAAGUUGGACCAGUUCGCCAUCAAAGCUCGGACGGUCAAGUACGUUUCUGGCAAGGUCAUUCAAACCCUCGCAGAUCUUCGGGCCACGUCCAUGUGUCCAGGAGAAGUGUCCUGGAACUUGUUCGCCGAGGCAGAACAGUUGUCAGAAUCGCUGUCGGACUUGUUGAGAUGUGUCACCAAGGCUGCUUGUGAUGAUCUGAGCAAGCUGGACCGGAGCGAUACACUUACAUAUUCGAGCCUGACCGAGGUGAUGACAAUGGCAGCCUCCGCACACGUAACCGCCCAGCAAGCGUCAUCUUCAAGAUCAGAGGAUAUCUUCAUCACACUCCCUAGGCUUCUGCAAACAUUACAGGACAAGGUCGAUGUUCUGAAUAUUAAAGCAGGCGACAUCAGCAAUGCUUUCGAGUUUGAGAAGUCACCAGCGCCAUGGGUUCUUCGCGCAAAGGAAGUCAAGAGCCAGAAAGUCAUCUCACAAGACCUACAAGAUGAACUGACACGAAUGAAACAGAAGAUUCAAGAGCAAACGCAUCGCAUUGGAGACCGAGAUAGACUACUCGAAGAACAACAAGUCAAGAUCGAGCUGCUUGAAUCCAGAGCCAAGGAGACAAAGGCUAGAGAUGAUGGCGUCAAGGCGAUGAGGACCGAGAUUGAGAAGUUGCAAUCAGAGAAGACCAUUGCGGUCGAAGGGUUGCAAGCCCUUCAAUCCGAGUAUCAGACCCUGGUCCGCAGCCAGGAAUUACAGAGGGCAGAGCUGGAAUCUCUCAAACACGACCAAACUGCAUCAGGUCAAGGCAUCGGAUCAGGCGUGGUCGAUGAAUCCGUCUCCCUUCGGUUCAAGGCCGAGGUGGAUUUGUUGAAGGUGGAAAUCGCCAGUAUGGAAGCGGCCAUCCGCUUUCUUAAGAUGGAGAACCAACAACUCCGUAUCCCUGUCAACGAAGCUGGCAUGGAUCUUGCCCAACAUUCAUGGCUCGACCCUGACUUGCUCAAACCAAGAGAUUCUACCACGCCUGCUGUUCGACAACUCCAGGCCGAAACCAAAGACAUGUUUACAGAUCUGAUGCUACUGGCCAAGAAAUCCAAACCCAUCAAGCUGAGGCCUAAGACCGUUUCUGGUCAGAAGGAAGAUGGCAACAAGAUCUCAUCAUGGCGACCAGAGGCGGAAACUACCUUGUACAAGGUCCUCCGGCAAAAGGAAGAUUUGGAACAACUGUACGAGUCAAGAUCAGACUUGAUUGAACGGGCGAGAUUCCUGGCUUCGACAACGCGAAGACGCAAAGGUGCUGGUGGUGUAUAUGCGUUGCCUCAUCCCUUACUGAACGUUGGCAAGCUGGGGAAGAACCCACCAGGGUCUAAACCUGAGUAUGGGACUCUUGAACAUGACCACGAGUCCAGUGUCGUCGACGGUGUCAGGAUUGUCGAGUAAACUAGAGCCAGAGGCCAUGUCCGGCCCUUCUUUUCGGGACUGACUGACUGGGGUAUGAUUUGAGUGAUUGAUUGAGCGUUUGAGCGACUCCUACUACUACCGACUAAAUCGGUUUAGAUAAAUUUUUCCUGUCGUUUCACUUAUAAUUGAGUUGCUCUGGCCUGGCCUCACAUGGGCCGAGGCGGCCUCACAUUCACAUUCACAUGUACUUAUAGAACAAGAAGAAGAAAUAAUGCUACAUGUAGUAUGUUCCA